AUGGCGAUGCGCCGGUUCGCGCACGUCGCGUCCAGGCGCUGGAUCGUCCCCCCGCUGGGCGAGACGUCCGCGCGCGUCGGCGGCGGCGGCGUCGGGGAACGCGCGAUCCGCGCCGGCGGUGCGCAGACGACGCAGCGCGCUAGGUUUUGGAACUGGUUCCUCGGAUCCAAGGACGGCGCGGACGAGCGCGACGACGACGAGGCGACGAAGAAGAAGAGGAAGGGCGACGCGCGCGGGGACGACGCGGACGACGCCGCGGCCGCGCCGGCGCGAUCCGGCGCGGACGAUUCCGCUCCCGGGGGAUCGCCGUUCAGCCGGGCGAUGCGCGACGCCGCGACGAGCGACGAUCGCGACGCGUCGUCGUCGACGUCGUCGUCCUCCUCCUCCUCGAGCGACGACGACGACAACCUUCGCGACGCGCCCUCGGACGAGGUGCGCGAGCUCGCGAAGGCCAUGAGAGACGUCGCGCGCGGCGACGGCGAUCGCGGCGACGAUCGAUCCGAGCGCGCCGAGCGCGGAGAUCGCGGCCGCGACGCCUCGGCGCGUAGUAGAGAUGAAGGCAAGCGUCAUCGUUCCGACCCUCGCGGCAAACAGAAGCCGGUGCUCUUCGUGAGGAACGUCCCGAGCCACUUCAACGCGAAAAAACUCGCGGAGCUGUUCGACGACGCCGAGAAACACCCGGUGCAGAGCGCGAAGUUCAAGCGCGAGCACCCGGAGCACGGCGCGCACGGCCUCGUGCUGUUCAGGUCGCGGCGAGACGCGGACGCCGCGCUCGAGACGAUUCGCGGGAGAACGACGGCGGCGGCGGCGGACGGCGCGGGGGAGAUCGUCGCCGAGUACGCGCGAAACCCGGACGCCGUCGGCGGGUCGAAGCGGUCGAAGGAAGGCGGCGACAUGGAGGAUGAGGAUGUCGGAGGACGAAGGCGGCGGCAACCCGAACGCGAGCGCGGCGCGAGAGAGAAGAAGGACGCGAAGUCGGAGAGACUCGAGACGCGACGCGACGCCGCGACGCGCGCGGAGGGAGAGGACGCGCCUCCCUCUCCGGCGCCUCGCGCGCCGGGCGAGCCGUUCGUGCCGAGGUACGCGCGCGAGGCGGCCGCCGCCGCGGAGAGAGCCCGAGAAUUCGGUGAAAAGAAGACGCCCGCGGCGGAUCGCGAGGGGGACAAGCACGCCAACCUGUACGUGCGAAAUUUCCCCAAAAAUUUCGACGAUCGCGCGCUGAGGAGGCUCUUCUCGAAGCACGGCGCCGUGCGCGCCGUCCUUCUGAUGAAGGACGCCACCCUCCUUUCGCCGACCGCCAUCGUUCGGUUCCGCGACGCGGCGGCGGCCGCGGCGGCGAUGGAGGCGACGGCGGGCGCGAUGAUCGAGGGGUCGCACGAGGGGUUGCCGCUUCACGUCGAGUACGCGUUGUCGCGAGAGGAACGCGAGGCGAUGCGCGCGGAGCGGAUCCAGAACAAGAUUGCGUACAAGGAAGCGAAGGAGGCGCGCCGAGCGAGGCAGGAGGAGAUUAUGAAGAAGAACAUCAUGCACAUGCACGCGGAGAACAUCCCGUCGCACCUGACGAGCGACCAGUUCAACGAGAUGUUCGCCGCGUACGAGGUGUCCGCGGCGAAGCUGUAUUACGCCAACGGCCCCAAGCCGUCCGCCAUCUUCGCGUGUCCCGCGGAGUGCGCGGUGGGACUCGUCGCCGCGUUCCACGAUCGCGAGCUCCCCGGGUGCCCCGCGCCGAUGAAAGUCACGCUGAGGCAGGAGAAGAGCGCGGAGAGGCAGAGGACGCAGGCGCGGCGCUACGGCGAGGUGGAGGCGUCGUUCGAGAGCGACGACGCGACGCGCGCGAAAUACCGCGACGCGGAGGAGAGGACGCGCGUCAUCGCGGCGAAGAUGCGCGCGGAGAUCGACGCGGAGAGGAUCGCGCGGCGGAGCGAUCGCGAUCGCGCGCGCUCUCGGCCGGGAGGGGGACCGGGACCGGGACCGGGUAGUACUGAGCUCCCGCCGCGGGCGAAGCCGUACGAGUACGUCCCGAGAUCCAAGCGCGGCGACGACGCUUCCGACGCCUCCGGGCGACGCUCGACGGUGUACGUCGACGGGAAACAGCGCGCGUACGGGAGCCGCCGCCCCGGCCCGGUCGCGGGGCCCGACGGCGAGAUCAACCCGGAGCGUCCUCGUCGCGCCGGGGUCAUGGAGCGUCAGGCGCGCAGGAGCGGCGGCGGCGGCGGCGGAGGCGGCGGCGGCGCGGCGGAGGCGCGCGCGAAGCUCGAAAACGCGACGGCUCGAAUGCGCGCGCGCGGGAAAGACGUCGCCUUCGGCGGCGCGCGCGAGGAGCGCGGACGAGGACGGCGGCGCGACGACUUCGGCGAAGGCGGCGGCUGGGGAAGCGGCGGCGGAAAAGGCGGCGGCGGCGGGCGCGGCGCGUCGUACGACGACGACCCGGAACGCACGCGGCUGUCCCCGGAGGUUGAGGCGCAGAUGAAACUUCGCAGAGAGGAGGUGCUCCGCGCGGCGACGGGCGACGACCAGUACGACUGGGACCCCGCCAAGUUCGAGCGGUUCCACAAGGUGCAGCUCACGGAGAACCACAUGCACUCCGAGUUCAUCUCGUGCCCGAUCGUCCCCGGGUACACGCGCGAGAUCGAUCGGUCGCACAUGAGGGGCGAGAAGCUUCUGGACGCGAACAAAGAUUGGAUCAUGCGCGUCGCCGGCAUCGGCUCCGACGAGGAGUACGAGAGGAUCAAGGCGCAGACGCUCGAGCGGCACGAGACGCUCAAGAAUAUCCAGGAGCAGCAGCGCGUGUAUCGCGGCGAGUCGCCGUUCAAGGCGGACUUCAUCGCGGAGCGGAAGUCCAUCGCGGACGAGGUGGCGGCGAUGAAACCGUCGAACCCUCUCGCCGAGUUCGCGCGGAAAGCCGCGGACGCGCUCGACGCCAACCCGAACUGGGCGUACGACAGGAAGAUCGCGACGAUGAAGAAGCUGAUGCGGCUGAGCGACACGCUGGCGGCGGAGACGGAGACGACGACGACGGCGGCGGCGGCGAAGGAGUCGCAGUCGCAGUGAAGAGGAGGAGAGUGCGGGGGGAGGGGGAGACGCGUCGUAGUCUGAGACGAGCUCUGAACUCUAAAAAGACGACGCGUCGGCUCGCGUGUUUUUCCCGGUCGCGAAAUUGGCACCGAACCCGUUUCACUGGUGCCCAAACGCGCGUGUCGCUGUCGGCACCGAGAGACAAUAAAUCGCUGCGUGCCGUCUUCUGGAAAACCCCGUCGCGUCGCGUCGCAUUCCCGCGCUCGCGCCGCCGCGCUCGGUUCGAACGUCGACGUCGACGCGCGAACGUUCGCUCAGCCGCGCGCGCUCGCGUUUCCCCGCGCUCGUCUCGUCCUCGCGCGCUCGGCCGCGUCGCCGCGGUCGCCGCUCCGGAUCUGAAUCGAGCGUCGCUCGAUCGGCGCCGAGGGAGGUUUCGUCAGAGCGUCGCCGUCGUCGCCGUCGCGCGCGUCGCCGCGGGUGCGUCUCGACUCCUUCGCGCUCGAGCGCGCGAUAAAUCGCCGGGUCGUCGGUCUUCGCGCGGGAUCGCCCCGCGCGGAGGGCGAAUCCGUCGUCGAACCCGCGCGCGCGGCGCGUCCCCCGCGGCGUAAUUCGCCGCUCGAGGAACACGGCACCCGCGGCGUUCGUUCCCUCUCUUCGGGGAAUUCGACGCGACGCCGCGCCGCGCGUUCCCGCGCCGUCGUCGUCGCGUCCAUCCCGCGCGCGCGCUCUCCGACCGCUCACGAACCUCCUCGACGUCCGCGUCCUCGCGUUUCCGACGACAGAGCGGUCGUGCGCCCGUCGACGCGCGCGCGAACGCGGGGUUCACGGCCCUCGCGCGCCUCGGUCAAUCGGCCGACGCCUCUCCGGCGGGCGC